AUGGAAAAUAAACUUACAAAUAUUUCUGAUGAGCAAUAUAACCAAGAGAUCUCCUUUCUUCAAAGGAUGAGGGCUCUAAAAUUCUACAAAUUCGUUUCAAGAUGUUAUAAACCAGUUACUUUUUAUCUUUGGAAUGAGAAAUACUUAAGUGCUUCACAUUUUUUAGGAACAGAUGCACUUGAAACCAAGUUUUGUGUUAAAGACUUACAAACUGAUUGGGGAAUAUAUAAACGAGCAGUAAUUCGUUCUGGAGAUACUAUUUCAAUAAAAUUUCCGUUAGAAUUAUUAGAAGAAGGAGAAAUUUAG